ACAAGGAAAAUGGCGUAGUUUUGUUUUGGUUCGCGAGACUGUACUUUGUUUUCAUCAUAACUGUACAGCACUUGCCAGGGAAUCAAGAUGCCUUGGUACAAAUUAAUACCAGAGUCUUGGAAAAAGAGAGCAUGUAGAUAUCUUCUCCAAAGAUAUGUUGGUCAUUUCUUGAAAGAAAAGCUGUCUUUGGAUCAGCUGAGCGUUGAUUUGUACAGUGGAAAAGGUGUCAUCAAAGAGCUAAAUUUAGAUGUCGAGGCACUCAACGAGGCAUUGGAGAGUGUUAACAUCCCCCUUGAGAUCGUGGAUGGAUUUAUUGGCAGUAUCUCGGUCUCUAUUCCAUGGACUUCGCUGCUGACGGACAGCACCACAGUUGAGGUCACUGGCCUGGAGCUCACAAUACAACCCAAACAAUGGGAUGAUAGUGGAGACAGCCUGGACACACUCUCCAUGUUGAACAGCAUGCACAUGACAUCCAGCAUGCAGCUGGCUCAGGAAGUCCUCAAGUCUGAGAAGCUCACAGAAGAAGCAUCUGAAGAAACCACAGGGUUUGAGGGAGUCCAGAUGUUUGCCCAGACCAUUGAUGCAGUGCUGUCCAGGAUAAAGAUGUCCUUUGUAGACACCACCAUCCGGUUAGAGCAUCUCCACAAGGGAGCAGACAGAGGAGUAGCUCUGGAGCUCAAGGUUGAAAGGAUGGAAUAUUUUGAUGACAUUGCCACUGAGCAGGAUGGUAGUCCUGUGGACAAUCCUUUGGGAGGUUUGUCAGAGCCAGCUGGUAUUGCUCACAAGAACAUCCACGUUAUGGGGGUGUCGCUGUUCUUUGAUGAGUUCUUCAGAGAUCCCAGCCAGCACCAAGGACCAGACUUCCUGUACGACUCUACAGUGAGUUCAAUGUACAAGAGCACAGCGGAGAAUUUGAUCAGCCACAGCAUCACCACACAGCCCAAGUCGCUUGGAGCAUCCCUUGUGUCUGGAUCUCAGCCCAUUCAGGUGGCAGUCUUCUCCGGCAGACAGGAACUCAAGGCCAAGCUGAAACAAGUGGACACACUACCUGGACCAAAGCUUGAACUUGACUGUCAGCUUGGAGCCCUUCACUUGUUGUUAUCCCCCAGACAGCUCCAUGGGAUUCUGGAGAUAUUCAGCGGGCUUGCCUCCCCAGCUAACAGUGAUGAUUCCAGUGGCAAGAAGCGCUCCAGUAAAGACAAGCCAAUGAAGGCUGCUGACUUCCAGCGAGUGGAGUAUGAGCUACAGCGCCAUCUACAGACUGGCAGGAUGGAACAUCACAUGGCCCAUAUGGUGCCACAGACACCGAUGUUCAUGCAGGAAGACAAUUUGAUGGAGUCCAUAGAUGAGCUGAAAGAUGAAGACCUGUACUUCUCCAUGCACGGCGGGGUACGAGAUUCGGCUCAGUCUGAGAUGGAGUCCUCCUUCUCCAGCAACUACAGUGGGAGCACCACCAAGACGGCCAGCACCGCAACAUCAUUCCCCAGAAGUGAGUCUACAGAUUACCGAAGACCAACGUCCUCAUCAGCACCAAAGUCCCCUAAAGAUCACAUACAGAAACUGCUGGACGACCCGUCAGCUGAACUAAGCAGAUACAGGCUCAAGGUGAGCUUCAUCUCCAUCAACCUCCUGCACGAGAACCCCACCUCCACACCAGGGGACCACUUCUCCCCCGAGGUGCCGGCCUCGGAGAAACUGAAGACUAUCUCAGACACCUACUUCACUAAGGCAAAGUUGAUUGCCUUCAGCGGCAUGACGUCCACACUGAAGGAUCUGAGAGAGAAGUUCUCCACAGCACUGCCAUAUGAUCAUAUUGGGAUUCUAGGGAAGCCCCUGACCCUGGAGUGUGCCCAGAAGACGUCCCAGCAUGUCCAGAGUCUGUGUCUAGAUGUGACCAUCGGGAUGUUUGAGGCAACUGAGUGUCUGUUUGACCGACGCAACUUCACCGCUUCCAUGAUGGGCUUUAGCCUCCCCAUUGACAACAAGCUGCCUGAGUACAGCCAGCUGUUGGUGUUUGACAACAAAGAUGGACCUGAAGCCUUCCCCAGCAAUAUGUACAGCAGCAUGCACGGCGGCGCACCAGCUGUCAAGCUCAACAUCGUCACCGCUGACAGGAUUAAGUCCAGUUCCAAGUCACGCAAGCUGCCUAAAACAAACAUCAACUUUGAACUUGGUCAGUUUACAUCUGAGAUUGACAUCACGAUUGUGGACCGCAUCAGUGCCCUGUUGUCUCCAGAACCUACUGCUCCUGCUGAGCAUGGAGGUGGGGUGAGGUUCAAGACGUCGCAGCAACAACAAACCAGUGUGUUGGGGCGGCAGUGUUUCAGCUCCGCAAUGGAGGAGGGGCCGAUGAUGGAACAGAAGCAGAUGGAUCUGCACGUCUCCAGUAGUGGGUCCACGUUCAGAGUCAGGUUCCCUAUCAUUGACUUGAGGACCGGUCCCCAGGUGAUCAGACAGCCCUGGUGGCAGAGGAACCUCCACAAAGAAGUCCUGAUCCUGGAGAUGAAGGACUUCACUUUCCAGACAGAUGUGGGCAACUCAGGACCACAGCAGAAGAUGGAGUUCAUGUGCAGUGAUAUAGCAGGCUACUUCCAAGAGGAUCCCAAUGAUGCACCUGUGUUACUGGUGUCGGUUUCCUCUGAUGAUGGCUGUGAUUCAUCAGAGAAAGGCUUCAACUGGCCAAGACUUGUGAUUGUGACCAGCCAGAAAGAGCCAUCUGUGUUGGAGGACGACCAGGGAGACCAGGGAGACACUGAUGACUCCUUGCCGAUGGAUUCUUUGAAUGGAGCUUGUCAGUUUGACCGGUCUGAACCAUCACCCUUCUCGGCUCGCAAGUCUAUGUAUGAGCAGGAGGAUCUCAGCAGUCUGGGUGACAAGGCCGAGAGCAAGCACACCAGUGAGGAGAUGGUUCUGCCUGGAGACAAGGAGGAGAUGCGAGGGUUCCAGGACUUCUGCAUGAACAACACAAAGCUGCUGGUGGACAUCACGCUGCCGAUCGUCACUGCCUGCCUCCCCAGCAGGAGUAUGUUUGAGGUGCUCUACAACAGGGUAAAUAAUGACCUGACACUGUGGGAACCAAGCGCUCCAUCUCCGCUGAGAACACAGGAGUCCAUGAACCUGGCUCACCCUGCCAACCUGGACAUCCUUCACCUCCUGCAGCAGGCCGGGGACCAGGAGAAGUUCCAGAUGGCCAAGUCAGCUCUCCAGUAUGACUCUGGUUCCGACUCAGACUCGGAGGACUACCAGUACUCCAUCCAUGAAGGCCGUUCUCGCAGCCACCGCACUCCCAAACAGCAGCUUCCUAGCAAGUUCUGCUUCUCUCUCAACAUCACCAAAGGAAAACUUCUUAUGGUCACACCGCAUAAGGAGGAAGGGAAACAUGGAGAGGUGUGUCUGGAGGUGGAUGAAGCUGUCCUCUUCUCCGUCAUCAGCUACAACGGUGACCCUGACCUUAGAUACCUCUGUUUCCAGUCCAACAAGGCAGCCAUGAGUAACAAUGGUUACCUUAGUAACCCGGUGGUUCCUGGCAACCUAGAGCCCCUAAAACAAGACUCCCUCCCAGCCCACCUGGAGCCCCGAAUAUACAAGUCAGAAAUGGGUGUGGCCUCCAAGUCCGCCAGCUGUGUGGGGCGGGGCUCAGACAGCCCGGACAUGAUCAGCUUAGCCAUUAAAAUCAAACUAGAUACACUCAACAAUACCAAGGACUUCAUUGUGUCAGUAAAUAUAAGAGGGGGAACUCUACGACACAAAAUGGUUGCCAGUGGUGAGAGCUGGAUUUCCCAGUGUCUGGACUUCCUGGAUGUGAAGGACUACCCUAUCCUCGGCUACGUGGAGCCCAAGGUGAUCACAGAGCUUCAUAUUCAUCUCUGGAGUUGUGCUGUAGACUACAGACCGUUCCAAGACAAAGAUGACUUGGUUGCUGAACCUAUUCAUCUUGCUCAACGGGCCAUGUUGACAGCAGAAACCUUCAGUAUAUCAAGCAACAUUGUAGCCCAAUCUCCAACAACCCUACUCAGGUUCCACCUUGAUGAUGCAGCUCUAUUUCUGUCCAUCAAGAAUUACAUGGAGGUGAAUCUUAGAAGAGACUAUGUGUGUGUAGCGGAUCUGGAGAGGUUUGAGCUGUCCCUGAGGACCAGUGAUGGCAAGGACCAGAAGUUUGCCAAGACAGACUUGAGAAUAUCUACCAAUCGUGUGAAUAUCCGCACAUGUGCUGACUCGUGUAAGGCCCUCACAGAGUUGAUUCGUUACUUUGCCGAUGAGGGGGACCUCAUCCCCACCGAUAGCCAACCUCAGGAGGCCACUCAUUUCAUGUCCAGCAACCCGUCCCGGGAAUCUUCACUUGUACCUGACACUGUCCCAGAAAGCUACCUGAUGACGGAGUCCCGCUUGGAGCAUGUCAGCACCAUGAUGGUUGAUGCAAUGCAGGAAUCUGAGGCCUCCUCGUCUAGCUCAGAAUCUCCUGAAAGACAAAGUUCCGACAACAAGACACAAGUUUUCUUCUUGCCAAAUACUCAUACCCAAGGUGAAGGUCAGGUACCUCCAGCUGGCCUGCGUCCGAUCGUCAUCUCGACCAGUGCAGAGUCUGUGACCAGCAGCACCAUGUCUGACCGCACCGAGAAGCUGAGCGAUGAUGAUGAGUUCCGUAUCAUUGAUGAUCCUGGCUGGGGGAUAGCUCCACGAGAUGGUCAACCAGUGGUACGUGUGCUGACCAAGGGCCCAAUCUGUAUCAAGGACAACUACUUCAGUCAGCCCUUGGGUAAGACUGACCAGCUGAAACCACCAGAACACUUCCCUGCGGCGGAGUACCGCUACACACUGAAGGAGCUCACCCUGGUGUGGUACAUGUACGGGGGCAAGGACUUCUCUGGGGAGAGAGCAGAUGUUUCGAGUGCAUCAUCAUCACCCAAGCCCCAAGGUUCUGGUGAAUUUACACUCUCAAGACUGCCGGGCCACGGGGGAGGAGGCGUGAAAAUAUCCACCAGACAGCCAACAACUUGGCAGUCACGGGGAGGGCCGCAGCGAGAUCUCAACACACUCAUAGAGCUGCAGCUCUCCAAGGUUCGAUGUCAACAUGAGGUCUACCCCGUCCACACCAGGCAAGCCUCCAGACAGGUCCUCAUCAUUUCCGAGUUCGAAGUCCGAGACCGCCUGGCGACGUCCCAGAUCAACAAGUUCCUUUACCAGUACACCUCCGAGAACAUGCCAAAACAAACACAUGCCAAUAUGCUGCUGGUCAAGGCGCUACACACCCGGCCAGAGUCCUCCCCUAUCCAGCAGGAAUGCACCCUGAGGGUGUCCCUCCUCCCGCUCAGACUCAACAUUGACCAGGAUGCACUGUUCUUCUUGAGGAAGUUCUUCAUGGAGCUGUCUGGGGGGAGUGCUCCCUCUCCUCACAGCAAGUCUGUGCCUGUCCCCGAGAGUCCCGUGGGCAGCCCUAAGCCAGGGACCGCCUCCUCCACACCUCCUGCCCCUCCCGCCCCGGUAAUGGCCGUCAAUCUGAGCCCAGAAGAAGAGGCUGGACCGGACCAGCAGGAUCUGCUCAUCAUGUUUGAUGAGAUGAACCUGGAUUCUAAUGUUGUGAUACCAGGAACUGACUGGUCUUUCAUAUUUUCACCUGAUGUGCCAAUACGGUUGGACUACCAUGGGAAAUUGCUAGAUUUUUUACAGGGAACAUUUGCUGGAUUGUUGGUAGGCCUUGCUCAACUGAAUUCAUCUGAGCUCAAACUGAAGCGGCUCAACUACAAGCAUGGCUUGCUGGGCAUGGACAAACUGGCCAAGUAUGCUGUGAGUGAGUGGCUGAAUGACAUCAAGAAGACCCAGCUGCCCAGCAUCCUGGGGGGAGUGGGGCCUAUGUACUCAUUUGUACAGAUAGUGCACGGCAUGAGGGAUCUCUUCUGGCUGCCAGUGGAGCAGUACCGCAAAGAUGGCCGCAUUGUCCGUGGUCUCCAGCGUGGAGCCAGCUCCUUCACCACAUCCACGGCCAUGGCUCUGUUGGAGCUCACUAACAAACUGGUGCAGUCCAUUCAGUACGUGGCUGAGUUAACCUACGAUAUGCUGUCCCCGGGGCCAAGCGUUCGCAAGACUAGCACACGACGUCCCAAACAACAUGUCCGUCGGGGACAGCCAUCAGACAUGCGUGAAGGAAUGACCAAUGCUUACAUUGUGAUUAGAGAGGGUAUUUCGGACACUGCCCAGAACCUGGUUCGGGCUGCCACAGAGGAGCAAGAACAGAAGGGGCUGACGGGGGUUGUAGGAGGCGUGCUCCGUCAGAUUCCACCCACCAUCGUGCAACCAGUCAUAAUCGCCUCAGAAGCCACAUCCAAAGUCCUGGGUGGAAUGAGGAACCAGCUCCGCCCCGAAGCCAAGAAGGAGGAUGAGGACAAAUGGAGAGAGGGAGACAAGAGUUGAUGAGAGAAUCAUACCAGGCUGUGUGUGUGUGUGUGUGGUUGUGUGGAGGGUGAAAGGCAGACGUCAAAUGUUGGAAGGAAAUCUCAAAUGAUGUCAGGUUUAAGCUGAAGUUCUGGAUGGCUGAUAUCAUCUGUGAUGUUGAUUCUUAACACUAUUGUGUUAUAAGUAGAAAGAAUUGUGAACUGAUGGCAGUUGUUCGAAGACUUCUGUCAGGUCUGUUGUUGGCUGUGAGAACCAUGAUGCUUUCUGAUUGUUGGAAAGGAGGUGAUGGUAGUUGCUGGACAACUGAUGUUACCAUAAAAGGAUGUUUUAAGACUGAUGUCUUCCCGGAAUGAUGAUGAUGAUGAUGAUGAUGAUGAUGAUGAUGAUGAUGAUGAUGAUGAUGAUGAUGAUGAUGAUGAUGAUGAUGAUGAUGAUGAUGAUGAUGAUGAUGAUGAUGAUUGUUGUUGUUGUUGAAGGUGUAAUAGAUAAUUUCUACAUUAGAAAUUGAUGUGAAUGAAUAAGGGCAACAAAGUAGUAACAUCAUAAGUGACAGCUUGCCGACAUUAUUAUGAAUUAUCUCUGAGCAUUUGCUUUUUGCCUGCCUCACUUCAAGAUGCCUGACUAUGACUAUUUCUGAACAGUCUUAAUCUAUCCCAAAUUGAUAUGGCUUAUUUGGAGUUUGAAAAGAAUCCAAAAGAAUCACUAGAUGACAAUGUGAUCAUUCAUUUGUCGUUGCCUUAUGUACAGACACAGAUAAAUUCAGCAUACUCACUCCUGAUAAGGGGCGUAAAA